GCACCUGCACAUACACUAGAAUGGCCCCCUAGACAACUAGUAUUGGUAGCUCAUGUUGGUAACCUCUUGCUAGCUCCACAUGUAUACUUUUCAACCCCUUCUAUGUGCUAGCUAAUCAACCAGGGGAAAAAAUGCAGAGAAAAACACAACAAGACAACAAGCCAGCCUUAGCUUCCAAAUAGUAGUGCAACAGGGAUCACCACCUCUCCCUGCUGCACCUGCACCUAGCUAGGGUUUCCAGCUUUCCUCAUGCAUAAAAACACAGGCACCCUUCUUUCUUCAUGCUGAUCUCUCCCACUGUCUUGCUGGCUGCACCCAUCCAUCCAUCCAUCCAUCCAUCCAUCUCACACUCACACAUCGAUCCUUACGAGCUAAGCAACGCUCUUCUCCUUUGCCAUCCCAUAUGUUUCACAUCCAAUAUAUAUAAUGCAAGCCCUCCACUAAGACCCAAAAAACAAAGGAGGAACAAACCCCAUUCUUCUUUAAUUUUAUUCCACUCGCUUUCGCUCUCCCGGCGAUCCCAUCUCUUUCUCCCCAAGCUGCUUUAUUUCUCCUCUUCUUCCUCUCCUGGCCCUUCUCUCUUCUUCGUCCCCGCUUCGCCGUCAUUCCAUUCCAGCUACCCAGCAGCGGCGUGUGGAGAGAGCUCCGUCUGCCUCCUGCUAGCUAGUGGAUGUUAUUCUCCGAUCCACCACCUUUAUUAUCUCCCCAUCCUUGCAUGAUCCCCUAAAGCGCCUAUAUACCCUUAUCUCGCAAAGAAGCGAGGAGAGGAACAAACAAACCAGAAAAAGAGAAGCUCCCAAGUAGCAAAAGAUCAAAAGAAAUCAAUUCUAUACCAUGGUCUUUUCUUCGGUUCCUGUCUACCUUGAUCCACCCAAUUGGAACCAGCACCAGCACCAGCAGCAGCAACAGCAAGCUCACCAUGGCCAGCUUCCAAGUGGCGGCGGCGGCGUCGAGACGCAUGCGCAUCACCACCAGCAACACCAACACCACCAGCAACACCAACACCAACACCAUCAGCUGCCGCCGAUGCCACCUCCCGGAGCUCUCAUGGCUCCUCGCCCUGACAUGGAGACGAUUGCGGUCGCUGCGAGUGGCGGCGGCGGGGGCGGCGGCGGCCCGACCGGCGGCUCCGCGGUGCGGCCGGGCUCCAUGACGGAGCGGGCCAGGCUGGCCAAGAUCCCGCAGCCGGAGCCGGGGCUCAAGUGCCCGCGCUGCGAGUCCACCAACACCAAGUUCUGCUACUUCAACAACUACUCGCUCUCGCAGCCGCGCCACUUCUGCAAGACGUGCCGUCGCUACUGGACCCGCGGUGGCGCGCUCCGGAACGUCCCCGUGGGCGGCGGCUGCCGCCGCAACAAGCGCACCAAGUCAUCCAAGUCUAGCUCGUCGUCGGCCGCCGCCUCUGCUUCCGCCACGGGCGGCGGGACGUCGUCGUCCACCUCGUCCACCGCCACCGGCGGCAGCAGCGCCGCCGCCGCCGUCAUGCCGCCCCAAGGGCAGCUGCCAUUCCUGGCCUCGUUGCACCACCCUCUCGGUGGAGACCACUACAGCACUGGCGCCUCAAGGCUAGGGUUCCCUGGGCUGAGCUCACUGGACCCCGUGGACUACCAGCUCGGCGGCGCCGGCGGAGGCGGCGGUACCGCCAUCGGGUUCGAGCAGUGGCGCCUGCCGCAGAUACAGCAGUUCCCCUUCCUAAGCCGCCCCGACGCCGUGCCGCCGCCAAUGUCCGGCAUUUACCCGUUCGACGUGGAAGGCCACGGGGACCCCGCCGGCUUCGCCGGACAGAUGCUGGGCGGCUCCAAGGUGCCCGGCUCAGCGGGGCUGAUCACGCAGCUGGCAUCGGUGAAGAUGGAGGACAACCCGCCGUCCACGGCGAUGACAAGCUUGCCGAGGGAGUUCCUUGGGCUCCCUGGGAACCUCCAAUUCUGGGGUGGCGGCGGCAACGGUGGUGCAAGUGGCAACAAUGGAGGCACUGCCAACACCGGCGGUGGAGGCGGUGGCAGUGGCGCUUCGGCUCCGGGCAGCAGCUGGGUGGACCUGUCAGGAUUCAACUCCUCGUCGUCGGGGAACAUACUGUGACGAGGCGCCCUGCAUACUGGUUGCUGCACAAAAGGUAGCCCUAUUUAUGCAAAGCCCUGAAGCUUAAUUUUUAGUCAUGGCUUCUGAGAAAGUUCAACGAAGGAGUUGUGGUGCAAAGAUUAUAGGGGCUCGAUCUCUGACAGUUAACGCCCGGCGAUCGAUGGAGCUGGGUGAAUUGGUCUCUUCUCUAUAAUUGGUAGGCAAUCAAAAAUUAGUUUUUGUUGUUGAGUUUUUCUUUCUCGUUUCUACUUCUACCAUCCGUGUUGUCGCUGCUGCUGUUCUUGUUCUAGGGGGUGCAUUUCUAUAUUGUUGUCCGAUCCAUUUCAAGUCUAUGUUGUAAACUUGUAAUGCAUGCAUGUUGCUAGGUUUACUUACUAGCUUGGUGCGAUGGUGCAAGGUGAUAAGUAUAUAUACCUAUGAGAGUACUUGAUCCAAGAGAUUGAGCCGAUCAACCCGUAUCUAUUCGAGCUAAUUUGCAGUAA